CGUUACCUCGACCAAUUCUACGAAUGGCGCAAAGAGUAUGGCUUGGGCUACGAGCUGACGAUCCCUGGACAUCGCAUCAUCGAGGUCAAUCAUCCUGCUUGGCUCGAGCACUUUCAGAAGACAGCUUUUCCACUGUACGGCAAACAGCACCUCGUCGCAACCAAUGGUGAGCUCCAACGAACUGGAAUCUUUACCUCGGACGGGCAGCGAUGGGCAGUACAGCGCAAGUCAGCGACCCACGCCUUUAGCCGCAAUAUGCUCAAGGGCCCCGUCUCGGCCAAGCUCGCCCAUCAUGUCGGACUCGUCGAAGGCUUGUUCGACAAGUUGGCAGUAACGGGCGAAGUCUUCGACUUUCAGGAUGUCAUGGCUCGCUUCACGAUGCUCUUCUCGAUGAGCAUCGCCUUCUCCACUCAUUCCACCUUGGCCGAUGGCCUGACGAAAGAGCCGGCCUGCCUGCAGCGCAGAUACGAAUUUGUCGAUGGUUUCGACCGUGCCAGCCCGCUGAUCGAUCUGCGAACGAGAAAUGCGCUGUGGAAGAUCUAUGAGCUAUUUGACAAAUCGACCAAGAAAGACAUCGACUCGACGAUCCAGAGCAUCUACGGCUUCAUUGAACCCCUCGUCGCCGAGAGGAUUGCGCUAGAGGAAAAGCAAAAGAUAGACGGCAGCGGCGAGGAAAAGAACAAAGAUCUUCUCUCUAUGUUUAUGGAGAAGGAGCGAGACCCUUGGGUCUUGAGCGGCUGGAUGCUUAAUGUCCUGUUUGCAGGCAGGGACACGACGGCUUUCACCCUGGCGUGGCAGCUCUACGAGCUUCUGCAACCAGGCAAUCGCUCCAAGAACCUCAUUGACCUGGCUCGCAAAGAGAUAGAAGAUCGAGGACUGUCGCAUCUUGAAGAUGACGACCAUGGUGACGCACCCUAUCUCGAUUACGACGACAUGAGCAAGAUGGUCCAUCUGACCGCUUUCUGGAACGAGACGACGCGGCUACAUCCUGCGAGCGCACGAGGCAUGUCUAUCUGCUACCAGGACGAUAUCCUCCCAGAGAUCUCGGAGCUUGGGCAGCCCGCUGUACAGAUCAAGAAGGGCGACUAUGUAAUGUGGCAAGACUGGGUGAUGAAUCGCCUACCAUCCGUCUGGGGCGACGACUGCCUCGAGUUCAAGCCAGACCGAUUUCUCGAUGUACCCGCUCCUUCCUCGACGGGCACAGGAGAGCCGAAGCUCAAGACAUUCUCGCCGUGGAAAUAUCACAGCUUCAACGGCGGACCGAGAACCUGCCUCGGCAUGAAUCUUGCCCGCUUCGAAGGACUGACGAUGUUCUCAGCCCUGCUCUCGCGCUUCGACUUUGAGCUUGUCGAGCCGGACCUGAAGCCAAAGUACACGACGGGCAUGAACAUGGGCAUCGAGCAAGGGCUUCAUGUGCGAGUCAAAAGGAGG